AUGAGACUCCAACGGAUGGAUUCCAGCCACACGCUGGAGCGAACCUGGACAGAAGUCCACGAUGGAUUGAACAACGUCUUCUACGACCGCGGAAUGGGCCACAAGCGAUACAUCGAGCUCUACACGCAUGUUUACAACUACUGCACCGCUGUGAACAAGCCUGCCAUGCGAAAGCCGCCGAUGAACGGUUCGAUGGAGUUCGUUGGCUACCCACUUUACCAGCUCGUGCGCGAAUACCUCGAGGAGUACGUCAAAGGCGAGAAUCAAAAAGCGCGAAAGCAAAUCGACCUUCUCGAGUUCUACGCCGUCUCUUGGUCGAAUUACUCCCUUUCUGCGAAGGUCUUGAACGGCAUAACAGACGAUGUCUUUGUCGUCACAGAUCUGGCAGUGAAGAUCUGGAACGAGUACUUCUUCCGCAACGUCUCCGGCCGACUGACGACGCUGCUGAUAGAACAGAUUCAGGAAGAAAGAAAAGGAAAUCAGAUCAAUUCUUCGCUCGUCAAAAGCGUCAUCGACUCGUACAUCACUCUUGGAUCGGCCGUGUCCGUCGGCGAAGCAAAGCCGCCGCCUGAAAAGACGCUUUUUAUUUACGAAAAUGAGUUCGUCAAUCAAUACAUCGAAGAAACAGUGAGGUUUUACAAGGUUGAAUCGAGACUCUUCCUCGACAACAAUCCGGGAAUAAAUGGAUUGAAAGAAUUCCUCAAGAAGGCAGAAUUACGGCUUGAUGAAGAGCAGCUCCGAUCUGAACGAUAUCUUCAUUUCUCGUCGACGAAGAAAGUUAUGAAGGAAUGCGAACAGGCGAUAAUUGGCGAUCAUCGAGAUGUGCUCGUGUCUUCGUUUGCUCCCUUGUUGGAUAACAGUCAGACUUCGGAUCUCGCGAGAAUGUACAGAUUGGCGAAACGAGUCGACCAGGGACUCACGCCCAUCCGCUCGAAGUUCGAAGACUUCAUCGUCGCCUGCGGAAUGAGCAUCAUGGAGUCCGUUGGAACGAACCCUGAGCCGAAAACCUUCGUGAGCCGCAUUCUUCACAUCUACGAGCGUUUCUCUCGCAUCAACCAAAUCUGCUUCGACAACGAGUUCAAGGAAGCACUCGACCGCGCCUCGACAAAAUUUAUAAACAAGAACAAAGCUUGCGAAGAAAAACCGACAUUGUGUCCUGAAUUGGUUGCAAAAUAUUGCGACAGUCUUUUGAAAAGAUCGAAUAAGUCCAUUGAUGAUCCUGCGACUGAGGAGAAAUUCAACCAAAUAAUGAUCGUCUUCAAGUAUAUCGAAGAUAAAGACGUCUUCGAAACUCAUUACUCCCGUAUGUUUGCGAAUCGCUUGAUCAAGGGCACUUCCGGAUCCGAUGAUGCGGAAGAAUCUAUCCUUCAGAAACUCAACGAUAUCUGCGGAUUCGAAUACACAGCGAAGUUGAACAGAAUGUGGCAAGACAUCAACACAUCUAAGGGAACGACGGAGAAGUUCAAAAUGGCGAUGCAGGAGGAAAACAUCGAUCUUGGAAUCGACUUUUCGGUGAAACUUUUGAGCACUGGUUCAUGGCCUCUGACAAAGGCUUUCAGCAUGGAGCUGCCAAGAGUCUUGUCGAACUCGCUGCAAACUUUCAAAGAACAUUACGACAAAAAGAAUCCGAGAAGAGUGCUAACUUGGCUCUGCUCGCAAAGCAAGGGAGAAAUAACAGCAAACUACGCGUCCAAAAAUUAUGUUCUCGUCGCUUCUACCAUUCAAAUGGCAGUCUUGCUUCUCUUCAACCACGAAAAUCAACUGACAGUUGCUGAAAUCUCGAAAAGGCUCGCUGUCGAUGCAACGCUGAUGCAACAAGUCGUCUUGGUUUUGUUGAAACAUCAACUUCUUUGUCUCGGGCCUUAUCCUUCGCAGCCGGAAACCGAGGGAUGCGAGAAGCUCCCUGGUAAAGACGAUUUACUUUCUUACAACAAGGACUUCUUCAACAAGAGGACGAAAAUCACGAUCAACGUCACUUACAAAAUCGAAAGUGGAAACCAAGAAGAGACCGUUACGAAUAAAAAUAUCGAAGCCGACCGAAAACUGCUCAUUCAAGCAGCAAUCGUGAGAAUAAUGAAGACCCGUCGGCAAGUCAAUCACCAGACUCUCAUGGCCGAAACGACCGCUCACUUAUCUGGGCGUUUCAAGGCUUCAGUUCAAAAGAUCAAGGCCUGCGUCGAAACUCUCAUCGAAAAAGAAUACAUCGAACGAGUCGACGGCAAAGAUAUCUACACUUACGUCGCCUAA